GCGUUUUGGACCCCACAUCAGUUGCCUGAUUGUGUCGUCCACGUGAAAGCGGAGGAAUAGGGGAAUCUGUCCACAACAAACUUUGGUAACAAUUGUGAAAUGUCUUGUUUUAGUGGAGACCCUAACUUCUGCCCAGAGUGCGGGAACGUGCUUCCUUUACCUGGGGCACCAGACACCAUCAAAUGCCCUCGAUGUGAAUUUAUCAUUCCAGUGAAAGAAUUAGCCAACCAAGUAAUCACUUCAUCAGUAGUGUUCAACCCAUUAGAAGUUAUGGUCAGCACAGGGGACACGGAGGAAGAUGCUGAACUCAAAGGCCCAGUGAUCGACAGGCGGUGCUCCAGGUGUAAUAAAGAGGGGAUGGUUUACCACACGCGACAGAUGAGGUCUGCUGACGAAGGCCAGACCGUCUUCUUCACAUGUAUACACUGCAGAUACCAGGAGAAAGAAGACUCGUGAAGGAUGCACAAUAUUUGGCAUGGAAUGUUCCCAUAUUUUGAUCCAGAUAUUUUUUGUACUGGCUGCUUAGAUUAAUGGAAAAAGAUGUUUGCUUUUUAUUUGUAAGAGAAAAUGAGUCUUUACUGAUGUAUAUUAUCCAAGAAUAAACUACAAUAUUGUCACAA